AUGGGACGUUCUUCUUCCGGUGGAGGAAAGGGACGUGUGACUCCUCAGAAAGUCAAGAGCAAUUCAAGUUCAACAGUUGUGAAACAUCUAUUUUCAAUGAAAGAUGAAAACGAUGGAAAGGCAAGAUCGUCGUACGAAGAUGCCGAAGAAAGAGUGAUUGGCUACAUCCAAGCUUCUGGAAUGAAAUGUUCCGAAGACAUGGUGAAAUCAAUUCGAGAUGGAAAGUCGAUCGACUUCAAUGCGAUUGCUCCAAGAUUGAACGCUCCAACUCAAACUGAAGCUGUUACAAGAGAAACAGAGAUGGCCCAAAACAAGAUUCUCUAUUCUGCAAAGCUCGACGAGAACAUGCGAAGAUCAGCCUACUUCGAAACAAACAAGAGAACUGUCAAAUCAAACAUCAUGCUUAAGUCUGUGACAAAAGCGAUGGAUAUCAAGCUUCAAGGUGAAACCGAUUUCACGACUACUCUUGAAGAUCCAAUCAAACUCUUGAAACGUAUUGAACGAUUUAUGAAGAAGAGUGCUGAUGCUGAAUAUGAUUUCUUGAAUUUCUGGGAAGCGAAUCAAAAGUUCUUUGCUAUGAAGCAAGGAACAACCGAGAACUUGAUGCAUUUCAAGGAACGAUUCUUGAGACAGGCUGAAGUCCUGCAAUAUCUAUAUGGCGUUGCCUGGUUCCGAAAUUUUGCAGUCAAGACAAAAGCGUAUGCUGCUAUUGCUAGCACCAAUACUAUUGCUAAAGACAAGUUCAAGGAUGAUAUCUUUGAAGCAGUUCUUGCAACAGGAUUUCUGUGCAACUGUGAUCGAACGAGAACAGCUCCUCUGAUGUUGGAUCUUCAGACGAACUACUGCAGGGAAGUUGUUUCGGAUGCUUCCAUUGACUUUCUGGUAGCAAUCUGUCUGGGCAUUUUGGGGACAUAUGGUCCUCUUUGCCACAUAUAUAACAUGCCGCCUUUUUCUUAUCGUCCUUCGGUUUACCUUUUCCUUUACCUUUACCUUUAUUUGGCUGGUCGUUUCCUUGGUAAAGGUUCACUCCCGGAUUCUUGA